GAACAUUAUCAUUAGAAGACAACAUCUUUCUCUAUGUCUCCAAAAGUUGAAUCUGUUCAUCUGUUCAUCUGGACGUAGCGUUUUGUGGGAGAAACGUUUCGUCACUCAUCCAAGUGACUUUUUCAGUCUCAGCUGACUGCAGGUUUCUUUCUCUUUCUCUAUGAGAGAUGAGAGGAGCAGCCAUGAGUGUAACUGCAGCAGCAAUGAGUGGAUUUGUUAUACUGCUUCUCACUGCGCCAGCGGUACUGGGUCAGAAUGGUUGGUCAGUGACUUACACUUCCACUCACAUCUGCGCCUUAAAAGGCUCAACAGUGGACAUAGGCUGCAGCUACAGUUACCCAAACAAUAGGAACCGUGGAAUCAUGUUUCAGGAAAGAUUUUGGUUUAUUAGAAAUGAGUAUUAUGGGCCAGUGGAUUUGAGAACAGACCCAGACUACACAGGACGGGUUGAGCACCAGUUUCAUGAGAAGGACUGCACUCUGAGGAUCACAGACCUGAGAGAGAGCGACUCAGCAGAGUACAAGUUCAGAUUCAUGACAAACCAGUAUGGUGGAAGUUAUACUGGCUCACCUGGAGUCACUUUGACUGUCACAGACCUGCAGGUGAAGAGAAGAAAAUCAUCAACCCACACAGAGCUGCAGUGUCACAGCAGCUGUGAUGUAAUUGAUCCUCCAUCAUAUGUUUGGUACAAAAAUGGACAGAAAAUAAAGGAAGAAACAUCUUCUCUGAGAGUCUCUGUUGGAGAUGAUGACAGCAGCUAUUCCUGUGCUGUUAAAGGAUAUGAGGGUUACCGCUCUGCUGCAGUGUAUGCUCCAAAGCCUCCCUCUGUGUCAGUGAGUCCGUCUGCUGAGAUAGUGGAGGGCAGUUCAGUCACUCUGACCUGUAGCAGUGAUGCUAACCCAGCAGCUAAUUACACCUGGUACAAGGCGGAUGGAAGAACACCUCUCAGUAAGGAGUGGUGGCUCUCCUUCAACCCCAUCCAGCCCUCUGACUCUGGACAGUACUAUUGUACAGCUGAGAAUGACCUGGGGAAGAGGACAUCUGAACCUGUUUUUAUCGACGUGAAAUAUGCUCCAAAGCCUCCCUCUGUGUCAGUGCGUCCCUCUGGUGAAAUCAAGGAGGGCACUUCAGUGACUGUGACCUGUAGCAGUGAAGCUAACCCAGCAGCUACGUAUGUCUGGUACAAGAUAAAUGGAAGAACACCUCUUAGUGAAGAACGACAGCUUGUCUUCAGCUCCAUCCAGCCCUCUGACUCUGGACAGUAUUACUGUAUAGCUGUUAAUAAAUUAGGGAGGAAGACAUCUGAAUAUAUUUCUAUUGAUGGGAAAUAUGCUCCAAAGUUUGUGUCAGUGACGGUGAGCCCUUCUAAUGAAUUCAGGGAGGGCGGUGCAGUGACUCUGACUUGUAGCAGUGAUGCUAACCCAGCAGCUCAAUACUCCUGGUACAAGAAGAAUGGACAAAAACCUCUGAGUAAUGAACGGCAGCUCUCCUUCAGCUCCAUCCAGCCCUCUGACUCUGGAGAGUAUUACUGUACAGCUCAGAACAAAGUGGGGAGGAAGAGAUCUGAAUCUACCUCCAUUGAUGUCAAAUAUGAUCCAAAGCCUCCCUCUGUGUCAGUGAGUCCUUCUGGUGAAAUCACAGAGGGCACUUCAGUGACUCUGACCUGUAGCAGUGAAGCUAACCCAGCAGCUACGUAUGUCUGGUACAAGAGGAACAGCCAACCACUCAGCAAAAACUCACAGCUCAUCUUCAGCUCCAUCCAGUCCUCUGACUCUGGAGAGUAUUACUGUUCAGCUGUGAACAAGCUGGGGUCAACACUUAAAUCCAUCACUAUUGAUGUGAAAUAUGCUCCAAAGCCUCCCUCUGUGUCAGUGAGUCCUUCUGGUGAAAUCAAGGAGAACAUUUCAGUGACUCUGACCUGUAGCAGCGAUGCUAACCCAGCAUCUGCAUAUGUCUGGUACAAGAUGAACAAUCGAACACCUCUCAGUACAGAUUCACAGCUCUCCUUUAACUCCAUCCAGUCCGCCGACUCUGGAGAGUAUUACUGUACAGCUGAGAACAGGCUGGGAACAUCAACACCUACAAACAUUUCUGUUGAUGUGAAAUAUGCUCCAAAGCCUCCCUCUGUGUCAGUGCGUCCCUCUGGUGAAAUCAAGGAGGGCACUUCAGUCACUCUGACCUGUAGCAGUGAAGCUAACCCAGCAGCUACGUAUGUCUGGUACAAGACAAAUGGAAGGACACCUCUCAGUAAAGAACCACAGCUUGUCUUCAGAUCCAUCGAGCGCUCUGACUCUGGACAGUAUUACUGUAUAGCUGCUAAUACAGUGGGGACGACAUCUGAAUAUAUUUCUAUUAAUGUGAACUAUGCUCCAAAGUUUGCGUCAGUGACGGUGAGCCCUUCUAAUGAAUUCAGGGAGGGCGGUGCAGUGACUCUGACCUGUAGCAGUGAUGCUAACCCAGCAGCUCAAUACUCCUGGUACAAGAAGAAUGGACAAAAACCUCUGAGUAAUGAACGGCAGCUCUCCUUCAGCUCCAUCCAGCCCUCUGACUCUGGACAGUAUUACUGUACAGCUCAGAACAAAGUGGGGAGGAAGAGAUCUGAAUCUACCUCCAUUGAUGUCAAAUAUGAUCCAAAGUCUCCCUCUGUGUCAGUGAGUCCUUCUGGUGAAAUCACAGAGGGCACUUCAGUGACUCUGACCUGUAGCAGUGAAGCUAACCCAGCAGCUACGUAUGUCUGGUACAAGAGGAACAGCCAACCACUCAGCAAAAACCCACAGCUCAUCUUCAGCUCCAUCCAGUCCUCUGACUCUGGAGAGUAUUACUGUUCAGCUGUGAACAAGCUGGGGUCAACACUUAAAUCCAUCACUAUUGAUGUGAAAUAUGCUCCAAAGCCUCCCUCUGUGUCAGUGAGUCCUUCUGGUGAAAUCACAGAGGGCACUUCAGUCACUCUGACCUGUAGCAGCGAUGCUAACCCAGCAUCUGCAUAUGUCUGGUACAAAAUAAACAAUCAAACACCUCUCAGUACAGAUUCACAGCUCUCCUUCAAGUCCAUCCAGCCUGCUGACUCUGGAGAGUAUUACUGCACAGCUGAGAACAGGCUGGGAACAUCAACACCUACAAACAUUUCUCUUGAUGUGAAAUAUGCUCCAAAGCCUCCCUCUGUGUCAGUGCGUCCCUCUGGUGAAAUCAAGGAGGGCACUUCAGUCACUCUGACCUGUAGCAGUGAAGCUAACCCAGCAGCUACGUAUGUCUGGUACAAGACAAAUGGAAGGACACCUCUCAGUAAAGAACCACAGCUUGUCUUCAGAUCCAUCGAGCUCUCUGACUCUGGACAGUAUUACUGUAUAGCUGGAAAUACAGUGGGGACGACAUCUGAAUAUAUUUCUAUUAAUGUGAACUAUGCUCCAAAGUUUGCGUCAGUGACGGUGAGCCCUUCUAAUGAAUUCAGGGAGGGCGGUGCAGUGACUCUGACCUGUAGCAGUGAUGCUAACCCAGCAGCUCAAUACUCCUGGUACAAGAAGAAUGGACAAAAACCUCUGAGUAAUGAACGGCAGCUCUCCUUCAGCUCCAUCCAGCCCUCUGACUCUGGAGAGUAUUACUGUACAGCUCAGAACAAAGUGGGGAGGAAGAGAUCUGAAUCUACCUCCAUUGAUGUCAAAUAUGAUCCAAAGCCUCCCUCUGUGUCAGUGAGUCCCUCUGGUGAAAUCACAGAGGGCACUUCAGUGACUCUGACCUGUAGCAGUGAAGCUAACCCAGCAGCUACGUAUGUCUGGUACAAGAGGAACAGCCAACCACUCAGCAAAAACCCACAGCUCAUCCUCAGCUCCAUCCAGUCCUCUGACUCUGGAGAGUAUUACUGUUCAGCUGUGAACAAGCUGGGGUCAACACUUAAAUCCAUCACUAUUGAUGUGAAAUAUGCUCCAAAGCCUCCCUCUGUGUCAGUGAGUCCUUCUGGUGAAAUCACAGAGGGCACUUCAGUCACUCUGACCUGUAGCAGCGAUGCUAACCCAGCAUCUGCAUAUGUCUGGUACAAAAUAAACAAUCAAACACCUCUCAGUACAGAUUCACAGCUCUCCUUCAAGUCCAUCCAGCCUGCUGACUCUGGAGAGUAUUACUGCACAGCUGAGAACAGGCUGGGAACAUCAACACCUACAAACAUUUCUCUUGAUGUGAAAUAUGCUCCAAAGCCUCCCUCUGUGUCAGUGCGUCCCUCUGGUGAAAUCAAGGAGGGCACUUCAGUCACUCUGACCUGUAGCAGUGAAGCUAACCCAGCAGCUACGUAUGUCUGGUACAAGACAAAUGGAAGGACACCUCUCAGUAAAGAACCACAGCUUGUCUUCAGAUCCAUCGAGCUCUCUGACUCUGGACAGUAUUACUGUAUAGCUGCUAAUACAGUGGGGACGACAUCUGAAUAUAUUUCUAUUAAUGUGAACUAUGCUCCAAAGUUUCUGUCAGUGACGGUGAGCCCUUCUAAUGAAUUCAGGGAGGGCGGUGCAGUGACUCUAACCUGUAGCAGUGAUGCUAACCCAGCAGCUCAAUACUCCUGGUACAAGAAGAAUGGACAAAAACCUCUGAGUAAUGAACGGCAGCUCUCCUUCAGCUCCAUCCAGCCCUCUGACUCUGGAGAGUAUUACUGUACAGCUCAGAACAAAGUGGGGAGGAAGAGAUCUGAAUCUACCUCCAUUGAUGUCAAAUAUGCUCCAAAGCCUCCCUCUGUGUCAGUGCGUCCCUCUGGUGAAAUCAAGGAGGGCACUUCAGUCACUCUGACCUGUAGCAGUGAAGCUAACCCAGCAGCUACGUAUGUCUGGUACAAGACAAAUGGAAGGACACCUCUCAGUAAAGAACCACAGCUUGCCUUCAGAUCCAUCGAGCUCUCUGACUCUGGACAGUAUUACUGUAUAGCUGGAAAUACAGUGGGAAGGAAGACAUCUGAAUAUACUUCUAUUAAUGUGAAAUAUGCUCCAAAGUCUCCCUCAGUGUGAGUAAAUCUGUCUGGUAAAUGCAGGAGAACAUUUCAGUGACUCUGACCUGUGGCAGUGAUGCUAACCCGGUCUGCUGUUUCUGGAGAGCAUGACUGUGUAGCUGAGAACAAGUUGAGGACGUCAACACCUAAACACAUUUCUAUUGAUGUGAAACAUGAGAGAAUCAGGUUGAGAGAAAAAAUACUUCAUGUUUACUUAAUUACCACGUGAGGUGUCAAUAUAUAUACAAAAACUUAUUAUAUACACUCUAAUCUCACCACAUUCUCAUUAUAUAUGCAAUUAUCAUUGUAUCAGUUAUUUUUAUUUGUACUAACACAUUAUCUGAACUGCUUUUUCUGCUCAAUUGCACAUUAACAAUAUGUUGUUAUAUAUUUCAUUCUUAUUUUAUAGAAAGUUAUUAGUUCAUCUUGUCCAUUCAUCUGUCCACCAUUGAUAAGAAUCACUACUUCUCCUGGAAUAUUGAUCAGAUAUUACCUAUUGAUUUUUGCUUUUUCAUUCCAUUUCCCUGGAUUAUUGCAAUUAUUCAGUAAUUGGAAAACAACUUAUUUAAAGCUUUAAAGCUCUCUUUGCGCUCUGUUAAUAUAUCACUGACAUCAUAAUUCAAAUUAAUACAAAGAAACCUUUUAAUCAAACAUAAAACUGCAUCAUUUGAAUCGAGUCACCCUUCUUUAUGUUUUGUAUUCUGAAGUGCAGAUAUUCAUAUAAGGAAGACCUUUACAGAGUUCCUUCUGUUCCUUCAUCUGUCAUUUUGCUGAACUUUAGUGUAAAUGUACGUGUAAAACCUAACCAGCUGCCUCUAACUGUCACUGUCAUUUUUUACUGUCAUUAAAAGAAAAAAAAUAAACACAAAUUUAGAAGACUUAUAUCUGAGUAAUUCUUGAUUAUCCAAUCAUCUCUGUGUUAUCAUAUUGUCAGUGUGUGACUGUGGGUAAAAGCAGAUCAGUGAGCAGACUACAGUGACCUCCUUAUGUUUUUGAUGGGAGGGACAAAAGGACUGAGGUUAAGAAAUAAUUAUGUUACUGACAAUGUUCUCACCUGCAGGUCUUCCAAAAGUCGUGCAAUCCAGCUGAAACACAACAAAUAUCUCAUUCAUGUGAGUCAUUGUUGGAGUAGUUUGACUGUUCAGUGCAUGUGCCACUUUCUUGAAAAAAUAACCUAAUAUCAGUGACAAAGUCAGUGUUCCCCAUUUCCCACCCCAGCUUGGGAGGAUGGAAAGUAUUUUAAUAAUGAUCAUUUGUGGGUUGGAUGAGUCUGCCACGCUGCAGUUCGCCAGAUGUGCACAGACUUUAAAAUAUAGUCACUGCAGCUCAAGACUAGUCAUGAGUGUGUUUACUCAGAUUAUGUUAUGCCCUUUUGCAUCAGAUCUCCAUCAGCUGUGUUCUCUUUGUUUGGUUAUUUGCUGUUCAGUUUUGGUGACCUGUGUCUAGUGUGUUUGGUUUUCUUCCCAUGUCUGUUUUUAUGGUAUUAGGUUCAGCAUUGUUCCCCUCCUGUUUACUCUUCCUGCAUUACCUUGUGUAUUUAUUGUCAUUGUUUCCCUUCAGCCUUUGUCGAGUUGUCCCCCUAGCUCUGCUGUUCCUAAUGUUUUCCCCUGUGCUUCCUCGUGCCUUAUGGAUUUCUUGUUGCCUGUUUGUCUUGUUCUUU